UUCAGUGGUAAUAUAAAUUCAGAAGUAGUUGUUGUCAUACAUCUGUUUCUGUUUUUUAUGAUUGUUGUCCACAGUGGGUCUGAUCCGGUGCCUGUGUGUGAGUCCAUCAGGCACGUGGGUAGCCGUGGGUUUCUCCUCGGGCGUUGUGUCUGCCCUGGACGUCAGGACAGGCACCAUCAUCAAGAUGUGGCGUGCACACGAGGGAGAGAUCCUACAGAUGAAACCCUAUGACAACAACAGCUUCAUCUCCUCCUCAGUGGACCACAGUAUUGUUCUUUGGCGAGGGUUUGAUGGCAAAGCCACAUGCUUGUUUAAAGGUCACAGUGAGCCAGCACAUGCUCUGUGUCUGUACAACAACCAGGUGAUUUCUGCCACAGCCUCCAACAAGAUUGGCAUUCACAGUGCCUUGAACAGUAAGGUAAGGUUCAACAAGAUCUUUUAGUGGUAUUGAAUGACACUGUAAUAGUUCCUGAUUGUAUUCAACCAUGAUAAGUAUUACAUGUAGACAUUUGUACAAAAUAUACACCCUUCUGAUGUUAGGGAACAUCAAAUCAUACCUUCUCCAUUUCUGUCACUAACUUCAUUCAGAUCAGUGAGAGAGCUACCAGCUGAUCCAAUUAAUUUCGGGUAAUCACAUCGCAGUGAACAUGGGAGCCAGUUCAGAACCUGGCACCACACCUCAUGAAAAACUUAUUUCUCAUCAAUAAGAAGCAAACAAAACAAAUAUCUGAUAACUUGUGAUUGUAUGCAAUCAUGAUGAUUACACACUCUAUUUCUCAAAAGAACAUUUUUAGAGAG